GGGAAUUCGCCACCUCUUCGAUUUGCAGUCCCCUCUUCCAUAGAUCGGAAAGGAAGGCCGAUACAAGGAAAUAAGCUGUAGUGACCCCUCAAAGCUAAAGUAGUCACAGUACUUGCAUCGAAACGGAAACACAGAAAACACCAUGUUCCUUUUAGAAUGGAUGAGCGGAGUGUUAGGAUUCUUAGGCCUAUGGAAAAAGAGUGGCAAACUGCUGUUCCUUGGCUUAGAUAAUGCAGGCAAAACAACCUUGCUUCACAUGCUGAAAGAUGAUCGCAUGGCACAGCAUGUACCUACACUUCACCCAACAUCGGAGGAACUCUCAAUAGGCAAUAUGCGAUUCACAACCUUUGAUCUUGGAGGCCAUCAUCAAGCUCGACGUGUGUGGAAGGACUAUUUUCCAGCCGUGGACGCCAUUGUCUUUUUAAUAGAUGCCUUUGACCGAGAGAGGUUUCCGGAGUCCAAGGCAGAACUGGAUAGUCUACUGACUGAUGAACAGUUGGCAAACUGCCCAGUUCUUAUCUUGGGCAAUAAGAUUGACAAGCCUGGAGCUGCCAGUGAAGAUGAGCUCCGCGCUUACUUUGCUCUCUACUCACAGACUACUGGAAAGGGCAAGAUUCCACGGUCAGAAAUGACAGCACGGCCGUUGGAGAUGUUCAUGUGCAGCGUGUUGAAGCGACAGGGUUACGGCGAAGGCUUCCGAUGGCUAGCCCAGUACAUCUGAGGGUCUCGGCCAAAGUGUUGUGCAUACGUGAACUCUAGGGGGGGUGGAUUUGACGUGAACUUUGCUCUAACACGAAAGUAAUGUGCCCCCCACA